AUGAUGCCACUAUGCUACGAAGGUAUAUGUGACGCCAAAGAUGAUAACGCUACCAUUGUCGUUUCAUUUAAGCGGAUCGGAUCAAACAACACGAGCGUUAGAGCCAAAACCGUGUGGUAUCUACCCGACCGACCCGACCUACAGACGCGCGAGGAAGUUGAGUUGCAGAUGGCGUUGCUGUAUGAAGAGCUAAACAGAGGUGUCGACAUUAACACGCUCGACAUGCGUGGCACUGGGAAUAGUACAGCACUUACAUGCAGUUCAUCCAUCGACGAGUCUCCAUUGCAGAAUGCCAUCUUUGCUCGAAAUGACGGAGUCCUUAACUUCAGCGACGUCCAGGCCUGUGCUAGCCGACUGCACGACCUUGGUGGAUACUCCGACCUCAGUGCUUUCUCGCUAGCCAGUGUUUCUCGCGACGUCGAGAAGGUCAUCACCCACUUUCAGCCGACCUCUCAGGUAGUUGUAUAUGCUCUUGGCUACGGCACACUCGUAGCACAAAAGCUUCUGCAACGACCUAUCUCGCAGGUCGUCGGAUACGUCUUCGACGGAGCACUCGGUGGCCUCGACAGUACAUCAGAUUCAGCUGCACUGCCAGCGAUUUCAUAUCAAAUAUCUAAAAGUGACGAAAAUUUUGGACAGGUUGCUGCAGGAUUCCUAACGUGGUGCCAGCUCGAUGCAGAUUGUUCCACAAAGUUUUCCAAUGUAAGCUCGACAACGACCCUCAACACUACACUUGUAGAAGUAUACUCUCGACUUGACGCUGACCCUACUUCCAUGUGCGCCAUGAUUCUUAUGGAUGUCGAUAGAAACGAAAGCAGCAAUUCUGCUAUCACUCCACCAUCAUAUCUGCUGCGCCAAUUACUUGGACUGAUGAUAAAAGAUACGGCGCUGUGGCCGUUCGUUCCUGUCGUCGUAUACCGCUUUCACCGCUGUGGAUCUGAAGAUCUUCCUCUGCUCAGACACUUUGUAUACUCUACUUUCAAAAUUGACGCCGGCGCAAACACCCCGGAACUGAUUUAUGCAAUUCAGGCCUUCAGCGAGCUAUGGGAAGUGCCUUCACCUAACCAAGCAUUGCUCACAGAGCGAUUCACUAAUCAAGCCAUCGGUUCUGGUAGAGUGUAUACUCAGCUGGAGGCAUACUGCUUGCUCACCCUUAACGCGUGCAUGAACGAUUCGGCAUCAGCAAACCUGUUGUCGGGUAAGCCGACAUUAUCAUACGCAAACAAGCCGACGAAUGCCAGCGCGGCUGCAAUCUCGUCUAAAACCAGCGUCCUCGUGUUCAGCGGAGGAUUGGACGUACUCGCGCCUCCCAAAUACGCGGCUGCACUGUUUGACGCGGUUCAAACAGUAAACAAAGAGCUGCUUGUAGCUCCUUACGGCACGCACGGUGUAGUCCAGACUGCAUUGUUGUCGAAUGGCUCAUCGUGUGCCCGUCGGGUGCUGGCGUCCUUCGUAAAGGCUGGCGGUAAUUUGAGUGCGUAUGAUGCGUCAUGUAUGGCUGCGUUAUCCACACCAGGUCUCGCUGUCUCCAUGUCAUCAAGCUUGUUGGUGCUUGGCGUGCAAGAUGCGUACGAUGGUGUGCUUGUGAAUGCAAGCAUCAGUACUGAUAGCACUGGCAGUGCUGACAUCUUGACCGACUACAAUAACACCUCGAAUUCGAUAACUGGGCCUACACUGGACCAGCUAAACCACCGCAUCUCAACGUUGCAAGAUAUCCGACAACACUAUCAAGUUGCACUCAUUGUAGUGUCCAGCAUACUCGGGACAGUGAUGGUUUUUGGCACAAUAGUAGUGAUCUAUCAGCGUCACCGAAAGCAGCAGCUAAAAAGCGAGGAGACAAUUUUUCGACUAAUGCGCGGCGACGAAGGUAACGAGAUCGAGCUUAUGCGUAGCAUCUCUUUACUCUCAAACAGUUUGCCUAGCAGCGGCAGACAGACUGAGACUGUCAUCGACAGGGCGCCAACUAUUUAA